UUGAAGGUAACCCACACCAAGAGCCAUGCCUGACCUGUCACAGGCCGUCUCCAAAUCCUUGAAUAAAACCACAGCUGGGAUUCAAAUAUGGCGAAUUGAGAAAAUGCUGAUGGUUCCUGUGCCCCCAAGAUCCUAUGGCAAUUUCUAUGAAGGCGAUUGUUACAUCCUGUUUGCAACUCAUAAAACCAGGAGCUCCUUCACUUACGACAUCCACUUCUGGAUUGGCCAAGACUCCUCGCAGGAUGAGCAGGGGGCGGCUGCGAUCUACACCUCUCAGAUGGAUGACUACCUGGGAGGCAAGGCUGUGCAGCACCGGGAGGUACAGAGAUACGAGUCAGAGACCUUCAAGGGCUAUUUCAAGAAGGGGUUCAUUUACAAAUGUGGCGGUGUUGCUACUGGACUAAAACAUGUGGAGACAAAUUCCUAUGAUGUGAAGAGGCUGCUCCACGUGAAGGGGAAGAAGAAUGUGUAUGCGGGUGAGGUUGAGAUGAGCUGGAAUAGUUUUAACACAGGAGAUGUUUUCCUGCUGGACCUGGGGAAACUCAUUGUACAGUGGAACGGACCCCAGAGCAACCACGUAGAGAGACUGAAGGCGAUGCAAUUGGCGAAGGGUAUCCGGGAUCAAGAGCGUGGGGGCCGUGGCCAGAUUGGUGUGGUGGAUGGAAUGCGGGAAGCUGCAUCCCCACAGCUGAUGAAGCUCAUGUUUUACGUACUUGGGGAGAAGAGAAACAUAAAAUCCCCGAUUCCAGACGUGGUGGUGGAUCAGCACCAGAAGGCAGCUGUCAAGCUCUAUCGUGUGACUGAUUCCGAGGGAAAACUGCUGGUGCAGGAAAUGGCAGCCCGACCCCUGACCCAGGAUCUGCUGAACAGUGAGGAUUGCUACAUUGUGGACCAAGGUGGAAUUAAAAUCUUUGUAUGGAAAGGGAAAAGGUCCACUAAACAGGAGCGUCAGUCAUCUCUGAGCAGAGCACUGGAUUUCAUGAAAGCUAAAGGCUACCCUGAGUCUGUAAACAUCGAGAUGGAGAAUGAUGGUGCGGAGUCUGCUGUAUUCAGGCAGCUCUUCCUCAAGUGGACAACAAAGUAUCAAACCGUUGGCAUGGGCAAAACUCACAGUGUUGGCAAAAUUGCCAAGGUGGAGCAGGUGAAGUUUGAUGCCAUGGAGAUGCAUGCCAGGCCUGAGGUAGCGGCCCGUGAGAGGAUGGUGGAUGAUGGCUCUGGUGAAGUAGAGGUAUGGAUGAUUGAGAAUCUGGAAUUGGUCCCAGUGCAGAAGCACAUGCUUGGCCAUUUUUACAGUGGAAACUGCUACCUGAUUCUAUACACCUACACUGUCUGUAACAAGAUUCACUAUCUCCUCUACAUCUGGCAGGGUACCCAUGCCAGUCAGGCUGACAUUACUGCCUCAGCCUAUCAGGCCGUUCACCUUGAUCAGAGCUACAAUGGAGAACCUGUUCAGAUCCGAGUGACGAUGGGGAAAGAGCCACGACACCUGAUGGCCAUUUUCAAAGGCAAACUUAUUGUUUUUGAGGGGAAUGCCCCCACGGAUGAUAACCAUGAGAGCGAGGCCUCUGUCUGCCUCUUUCAGAUUCGUGGUGAGAGCGAGUACAAUACCAAGGCCUUUGAAGUCCCAGCACGUUCUUCCUCCCUUAACUCCAACGAUGUCUUUGUGUUGAAAACGAGCGAACGGUGCUUCCUAUGGUUUGGGAAGGGAUGCAGCGGUGAUGAGAGAGAAAUGGCUAAGAAUGUGGCUGACACUAUCUCCAGGAGGGACAAGUGGAAUGUGUAUGAGGGCCAAGAGCCGGCUGAGUUCUGGGUAUCCCUUGGAGGGAAAGCACCAUAUGCCAAUAGCAAAAGCUUACAAGAGGAAAAUGAGACUGUCGUCCCACGCCUGUUUGAAUGCUCCAACCAGAUUGGGCGUUUCAUUGCCUCGGAGAUCAUGGACUUCACUCAAGACGACCUUGAUGAUGAUGAUGUUAUGCUUUUGGACACCUGGGAACAGAUUUUCCUGUGGAUUGGUAAUGGGGCCAAUGAAAGGGAGAAGAAGGAUUCUACUGUCCUAGCACAAGAGUACCUCAACACCCAUCCAGCCACCCGUGACCCUGGCACUCCAAUGGUGAUUGUCAAGCAAGGUUUUGAGCCCCCAACAUUCACUGGAUGGUUCAUGGCCUGGGACCAACAUCUGUGGAAUGAUGGAAGAUAUGAAGAUUUGAAAGUGGAGUUUGAUGAUUCUCAAGUUAUUGAAGAACUGAUAGAAGAUAUGAAGACCAUUCAAAUUUCUCAGAGUUACAAUAAUGUGUCAUCAGCUAAAGAACAUCUCCAGACCUACCCAGCAGAGCAACUGAUUAAUAAGUCGGGUGAGGAACUGCCUCAAGGAGUGGAUCCUACACGGAAGGAGGAGUACCUUUCAAAUGAAGAUUUCCUGAUCGUUUUCAAUAUGUCAAGAAUGAAAUUUAAUGCAAUGCCAGAGUGGAAACAGAGGAACCUGAAGAAAGAAAAGGGUUUGUUUUAGAGAGACAAACAGAAUGAAGUGGCUCUGUUUAAAAAAAAUAAAUAAAUAAAUAAAUAACUGUA